AUGUUUGAUGUCGAAAGCGUUGACACGAAAGAAGAGCUUCGCAAAUUGAUGGAGAACAUUCAACCCGAUGAUGCUUCCAAGAUUGCCAAUGAAGAGGACGUGCCAGUCGACGGACUCACCAUCAAGCUCAAGCCCUAUCAAUUUGCCGGUCUCGAAUGGCUUCAGAAGAUGGAGAAUGGCUCAAAUAAGGGUGGAAUCCUGGCUGACGACAUGGGUUUGGGCAAGACCGUUCAAGCAAUCUCGCUGAUGGUCACAAACCGCUCUGAAGACCCGGUGAACAAGACUACUCUGAUUCUUGCGCCUGUUGCUCUUCUGCGUCAAUGGGAACAGGAAAUCAUGACGAAAGUGAAGCCUGGUAGACACAGGUUGCAUACGUUCAUACACCAUUCGAGCGCUAAGAAGAAGAGCCACAAGGACUUGCGCGACUUUGACGUUGUUCUGACUACUUUCGGUACUAUUGCUGCCGAAUUGAAGAAGAUUGAGAAGUAUGAGCUGCGCAAAAAAGCGGACCCAAUGGCCCAGCCUAGAGAUGACGAAAAGUGUAUGUUCAUCGGUCCAGACUGCAAGUGGUACAGAGUCAUCAUCGACGAAGCGCAAUGCAUCAAGAACAAAACCACCAAGACCGCUAGAGCUGCCUUCUAUCUUCAAGCUCGGUCUCGAUUCUGCAUGACAGGAACUCCCAUGAUGAAUAGUGUUGAAGAGCUCUACUCUCUUAUUCAUUUCUUACGUAUCAAACCAUACAAUAACUGGAACAAGUUCAGAAGCGAUUUCAACCAGCCACUGAAGGGUAACAACGAGUCUGCACGUCAGAUGGCUAUGCACAAGCUGCAAGCAUUACUGAAGGCAAUUCUCCUCCGUCGCAACAAGAAGACCGAGAUCAAUGGUCGCCCCAUUCUCAACCUGCCAGAGAGACGCGUCGAAGAGACCAAUCCCGAAUUCAGUGAAGACGAGCGUAACAUCUACGUUGCUCUCGAGACUAGCUCUGCGGUCAAGUUCAACAAGUAUCUCAAGGCUGGUACAGUCAGCAACUCCUACAUGCAAAUCCUGGUUCUGCUGCUUCGUCUCCGACAAGCCUGUUGCCAUCCUAACCUGAUCAAGGAUCUCGGCAUUGUUGCUGCGACUGCCGAAAUCUCACAGGAAACGAUGGAUGAGAUUUGCAGGAGCCUCGAACCAGGCGUCAUCGCUCGUAUCAAGGAAGCAAACGGUGUAUUUGAGUGCCCUGUUUGUUACGAUGCCGUUGAGAACCCUGCCAUCUUCACUCCCUGCGGCCACGACACUUGCCCGGACUGCUUCUCUAGAAUUGCCGACCCUUCUAACGCGCUCGCUGAAGGAGAUGAAGGACGAACUGCCAAGUGUCCUGAAUGUCGUGGUUUCAUCAACACGAAGAAGGUCAUCGAUUACGAGUGCUUCAAGCGUAUUCACAUGCCUCAUGAAGCUGCUUUGGAUGAGACGGUCGAUAUCAAGAACGACGCAGAUGACGACAUGGCUGCUGUUGACACCGACGACGACUCUGAGGAUGACGAAGAAGAAGACGAUGACGAUGAUGAGACUGAUUCUCUUGAUGGUUUCAUUGUCGAAGAUGGUGCUGAAGAAGAAGAUGACGAAGAGGCAGCGGAACGCAGACUGAAGGCUGCCCUGAAAAAGCCUGAAAAGAAGGUCAAGAAGGCGGCCACGAUGACUAUUCCUGAAUUGAAGAAGAUGGCAAUCAGGAAGCCUGGAUGGCGAAAGAUUUACCUCCGCAUGUUGAAGAAAGAUUUCAAGCCUUCUUCCAAGAUCGAGCGCACCAUGGAGAUUCUGGAUAGCAUCAUCUCAGCACCGGAGAGUGAGAAGAUCAUCAUCUUCUCCCAGUGGACAUCUCUCCUCGACUUGCUCGAAGUUCCUGUGUCUGAGAAGGGCUGGGGAUAUCGCCGCUACGAUGGAAGCAUGAACGCCAAACUACGUGCCGAUGCUGUGGAUGAUUUCAAGAACAAGCCCAACGUCCGCAUGAUGCUUAUUUCGCUCAAGGCCGGCAAUGCAGGUUUGAACCUCAACUGCGCUUCUCAGGUUGUCAUCAUGGAUCCUUUCUGGAAUCCAUACAUUGAGGAACAAGCCAUCGACCGUGCUCACCGUCUUGGACAAACAAGACCAGUCAUGGUGCACCGCGUCUUGAUCAAGGAGACUGUCGAGGAUCGCAUCAUCGCUUUGCAGGAGAAGAAACGUGCUCUCAUUUCUGAAGCCCUUGACGAAAAGGCAUCGCAGAGUCUGGGCAGAUUGAGUGUGCAGGAGCUGGCGUAUCUUUUCGGAAUCAAUAGAAAUGUUAACGAUCCGCUACCAGCCGCUGCCCCGAGGGCUAGAAUACGUCAGGGUGGUGUUGGUGGCUCGGGUGCUUGA